UCACACCAUUAUCUGAGAUCGAUCAAUCAGUCGCAACUAGAAGGUAGUAAACUCAAUCCCGAUCCUCGCCCUACCACCCGACGCAACCUCAUCCAACUCCAAUAUGGCUCAUCCAGGGGUACAAGAACAAAUCAUUCAACAAAUGAGAGAAAUGGAAGGCCGCCUCAACGCCCUUCAAGAGCAAAACAGAAAUCUCCUUCAAAUGCAAGCCCAGAAUUCAGGCUCACAGAACGAUACCAUGCGACUCAGCAUGCCCACCUUGGCCAAGACCACGGAUAGGGAUUUCUAUCGCUUCGAAGCCUCAGCCAGGGCAGUAGCAGCCGCCAAUGGGUGGAGCGUAACCCAAUUGGUCAGAGCAGUCACAGCCAACGUCCGCAAAGGAGCAAUGGACCUCCUUAUGUCUGUCGUCAGGGACCCCGCCGCAUUUCGCACUAUGGACGACUUUUGGGCACGAAUUAGGCAACAAUUCGUCUCACCAGCCCAUCGACAAAUCGCUCGCGCUGACUAUGAGAGAAGACAUCAGCAUCCCAAAGAAGAGAUCCGUAGUUUCCACAACGCGCUGUAUCAGUUAUGGGAGGAUGGUCAUCUUGAAGAAGAUGAACCAUGGAGAUCAAACCCACAACUAUCCGAGCCAUAUCCAGGAGCCCGCACCGACCCACCAGGGUUCAGAUCAGUUAAGCUGAUUAACCACUUUCUCGCUGGUUUGUUAGACGACAAAAUUCGCAUGAAAAUUAAGGACACUAUAAGCAUGGGAGUUAACAUUACCACGUACCCCGAAGCCCUUACCCGAGCGUUGGAAUUUUAUGCUAACAAGGAAAGAACCCGGACCGAGAGGAGAAGACUUCACGCUGAUCAUGGAUCCCACAUCCAGCACAGAAAGCCAGAGUAUUUCAAGCCACAGGAACGCACAGAGUCAACGGACAUAAGAUCCAUCCAGACACACAUAUCCUCCACUCGCAAAUGGUGCCGGUUACACCAGACGAACAGCCACGAUGACAAGGAAUGUAUCGUGCAGCAGAGGAGAGCCACGCAGCCUAGAGAUAAGUUAACGCCGACGCCACAACUCCGCCAGAAGCUGGACACAGUCAAAUAUGGCAACACUUGCAAACGGUGCAACGGCAAGGGACAUUGGGCCCGACAAUGCGCAUCCAAGCCCUCAUCCCGGGACGACAACCUGAAGAGUCAUCAUCACAUGACUGCUAGGAGUCAUACACACUUUCACAUACACAUUUUCAUACACCCUUUCGACUCCCUGGACCUGGAGGCCUUUUACAAGCUCCCUUACCUCACGGACAUCAAGCAGGGCAAGCUACGGAUAGUGGUCCCAGUACCCGCCCACAACAUAAAGGAGACGUUCUCUCUAUACCGGCACCUGGCCAUGCCCAUCUUCACCAAACAAGGCCAGGAAAGUGUAGUACGGAACCCAAAGGACUACCUUAUCCUCAACAAAGAGAGUACCCUCCACCAAGAGCUGAAUCAGGCCGACCUGAGCACCUGUCUCAAAGUGCGACUACUCUAUCUGUGCCCUCAGAUACGAGUGGUGGUAAAGACAGCCACCACCAGUUGCCUUUUCGCCCUAUUCCAAGGCCAGGCUACCAACAUCCGAGAGAAAUGCCCACCCGCUAUUCCACCACCAAACAGCGGAAUGGAGUUUCACCAAGUAGGACCUGAAACAUUUCUGGUCUUAAUUCGCCAAGUUGAAAAAGUCCAAAUUACCUGCCGCAACAGAACUACAAUAAAGAGAGAAUAUUUGCCGGGAACCACAACCCUAACACUUCCUAAUGGCUGCCAAUUCAACACGGCAGAUCUUUAUGUCUCAGCCACUUGAACUGGCUGGAUAGGCCAAGAAGUAGUAAUUAUCCCACCUAUAGAUCUACUUGCCCUUGCUGCAAGACUAGAAUAUGAGAACGUUUUGACGGAUAAACAUCGGAAACCGGUCAUCAUGGCGAAGUUCAUGCAAAGCCCAGUGCAAAGAUCCAGUUUGCAAAAGUCCACCAAUCAGCAAGCUGGAAGCAUCAUAAUUCCGAGAAUUAUGGUCUUAAUCCGACCAUUGGCUUUUGUGGAAAGUGCAUUGGCAGAGAUAGCCUGGCAGUUAGUAACAUAGGCCCUCCCAUUUUGAAUAUAAACCCCUACUCCUGUCCAUAGCAUUAAGUUCUAGUUUAGACUUCAUAGUGUUAAGUGCUCCACCUUGCUUGAAAUAAAGUAUACUCCGACAAUCAUCCUCAUUCAGUGUUUUUAGUGCUUUAGUGCCUACCAUAAGUUGGAAAUUCCAAGUGUUUCCUGGGGUCGCCAUUUGGUUUGUCUUAACAGCGGAAUCAAGAUCGAAAUCCUUACAAAAAUUGGGGCAGUCGAUAGGAUACUGACUCCAUCACCACUUCUAGAAACAGCAAGACUAGAACAUCAGAACGUUUUGAGGGAUAAACAACGGAAACCGGUUAUGAUGGCGAAGUUCAUGCGAAGCCAAGUGCAAAGAUCCAGUUUGCAAAAAUCCACCAAUCAGCAAGCUGGAAGCAUCAUAAUUCCGAGAAUUAUGGUCUUAAUCCGACCAUUGGCUUUUGUGGAAAGUGCAUUGGCAGAGAUAGCCUGGCAGUUAGUAACAUAGGCCCUCCCAUUUUGAAUAUAAACCCCUACUCCUGUCCAUAGCAUUAAGUUCUAGUUUAGACUUCAUAGUGUUAAGUGCUCCACCUUGCUUGAAAUAAAGUAUACUCUUACUAUCAUGCUCACUCAGCGUUCUUAGUGCUUUAGUGCCUAACAUAAGUUAUAAAUUCCAAGUGUUUCCUAGGGGUCGCCAUUUGGUUUGUCUUAACAGCGGAGUCAAGAUCCAAAUCAUUACACAUUUUUGCGAUAGAGAAAAUCGAUAUCAAUUAUUUGGGAAAUUGAAUUAACAUAUAACCGGGGCAUUUUGGGGUUAAAAACGAUGAAAUUUGGACCACUAAAUCCGAUGUAUCCAAGUAGCGGUGAAAUAGCUGAUAUCAUAAUUCAUAUUCAAGAGCUAACUAAAUGUGCUCCCAACUUACAUUGGGUAGUUUUUUUUUAAAUUUUAGUAUUCAUAAUGUUUGUAGGUAUGUAAGUUUUUUAUGUGGGCUAGAAUUUCAUAAAGCAAUAAAGUCAAAAUUGUUCCCCAUAGUUUUCUGAGGGAAAAAAAUGCCAAGAUGUGCUUGGGAAUUUCCAUCAAAACUUUCAAGGGUAAUUUUACCACUGUGGGGUGUUUCUACAACUUUCUUGAUAUAUUGUUUUGGAGAGUCUGUCUAUCUUUCCCUUUCUUAGACAUUAGAACUUUUAUUAAAAUCGGCCAUGAAAUGCCUUACUUGUCGCAACCAUUUUACUUGGAAUCAAAUAGUAAAUGAUCUUAAAAGUCUAAAAUUGACCUUUUCCAACAACAAUCUGAAUCUUUGAUAGGAUAAAAAAAUCCUUGUGCUCUUUGAACCUGAGAAAAUAUUAUUAAAAGCCUUGGAGAUAAUUGAAAUUAGAAUUUAUGAAUUGCGCAGUGGUGCUUUUUAUAUUUUUCAGAUUCUACUCCUUAUGACUGUUCUUCUUUGAAAGGCCAUAAAAUCAUAUGGAUUUUUUUGCCGCACCAGAUUACAAGGCAAAUCUAGUAGUUCUGCAUGAUGAUUUUGACGUUGGGAAAUCACGAUUAACUUCUCUCAACAUCGUCAAUGACAAAUACACAUCGUGGAAUUCAAGGUUUCUGUAUCUCGUUACUUUGACCAAGACCUCAAAUGGAUGAAUGCUCUUCACGAGGAAAAUUUGCCAUUUCCCGCCAAUUGUGAUCCAAUUUUGCAUCGCUCUUAUUCAAUUCGACAUUGGCCAGAUACGUUCAAUUUACCGUCCUGAAAAUAGACGGAGUUGGUGGGACCGUGUUUUAUUUCAGAUUGUACUAAUACAUUACCUUUUUCAAGAUCUUGUGAACAACGCAUAAUCUAGAAUAAAAAAUCAGCGUCACACCUUUUGAA